AUGUUUGCUGCUACAUAUUAUAUUCUUCUUAUUAUCUAUAAUUUUAGUAUUCUUAUUUAUCCAAAUGAUAUUAAUAUUAAAAUAUUAAAAUUGACAAAUUUUUAUAUUGUCUAUGGUGGACUUUAUUAUUUUCAAUUUUUUCUUAUCAUUGAAAGAAUUAUUGCCAUAUUAUAUAUUUCAAGUUAUGAAAAAAUAUCUUCUAAACCACCUUAUUUAGCUGUUGCAUUAUUGAUUUCUGCUUUUUUUAUUACAGCGCUUCACAAUUUUUUUUUAAAUGAUAAAAAAUUAUCAUCUAUUGUUAUAGGUUCUGAAAUUCUUAUACUUACAAUUGGAGCUUUUUUUGUAUAUUAUUAUUUACAAAAAAGGCAAAUAAAAAGAAAUCAAGAUAAUCCAAAUAUUUUUAUAACUACAAAUCUUUCAGCAAAAUACCAAUAUUUUGAAAAUCAAAAAACAUAUUCAUUAUCAAAGGCACUUCUUUUGGUAAUUGUAACUUUUAACUCUAUACGUCUAGUAAUUGGACAUUUAUUACAUUCUUUAUUUCCUAAUCUUUCUUUAAAUGAAUUUGAAUCACCACCUUUUUUUUUACUUUCAUUACUCAAGACAAGUUCAAUAUUCUUUGUUUUUGUAUAUAAUGAACCAAUAAUAAAAUUGCAAAUAAUGAAAUUACUUUGUAUUAAAAUAAAAAAUACCUCAGAAAAUGUUAAAAAUAAUAAAACUUUAUUUGUGAAAGCAAAUAUUAUUAAUUCAAAAGACAAUAAAGAAAUUUAUUUUAAUGAAUUUCAAAAACAAUGGAAAUAG